ACAAAAGCCAAAGUGUAAUUUUCCUAAAGGCGUCAGAAACAAUUAAAGGGAAUAUUCAUCGUGAGUCCCUCAUUUGAAGACCGCGCUUCUCUUGGCACACCAGCAACCGAAUAUCCACAAAGUGCAUUUUUCAAAAUGGUUACUUUCCGUGAAGAACAUAAUUUUACACCGAAACAGACACACACACAUGCAACACAUUUGAGGAGUUGUGGGGCUUGGGAUACGCAGUCCUGAGUGCGCACCAGAGUGGAACAACAGCCUUUGCGCUUGGGAGUAGGCUACCUACCGAGAUGGCCAACAAGGGGACUCAACUUCAGAGCCUGUCAAAAGUGUUUGUUCUGCUCAGUAUAAUGACAGUCAAGACCAAUCCACUUGAGACGGUCAACGUGGUGGACUUCUGUGGCCAGAACAUCCAGGGCGAUGGGAUGAUCGUCAACUCACACCAGGAGUCCAAGAAGUAUUACUUUGUCACCAUGGGAACGGACUGCCACCUCACCAUGCAGGCCGCCUCCCCCAAGGACAAGGUCCAGUUCCACUUCCGCUUCUUCCUGGUCUACAGCCUGCUUCGUUUAGCUCCCCAAAGUCCACCCCCCCUCUUCCCUGAGUCCCCUGAGUCGACUCCAGUGGUGGAGCAAGGGGACCCAUGUCAUGCGGGAUCAUACAUUCAGUUCUAUGACGGGCGGGACAAGAACUCGCCUCCUAUUGGACCAACGCUGUGUGGGAAGAGCCCACCUCGCCCGGUGCUGUCCACAGGGAAUCACCUGACCCUGCGUCUGGUGACCCAAGGUACCCUGCCUCGAGUGGAUUUCGUGGGGGACUUCACCUCCUUCAGACUGGGUUUUAACCAAUCAGCGUGCAGCAGUGAGCCUUACUUCCCAUGUCGGAAUGGGAAGUGUAUCCCCAUGAGUCUGGUGUGUGAUGAAAAGGGCAUUGAUAACUGUGGGGACGGGAGUGACUUGGAGGAUCACCUGCCCUCAGGGUGCAAAGGUCACUCAGCAGGUCAGCUGGCCCCAGCCCAAGCCCCUCCCCCAGCAGUGACCCCACCCUCCCCUGUGUUAAACGCGCCCACUUUGCCCAUGUCCACCAAUAGGGACUGUGGCACUCCGGACGGCGUACCCCAUCACGACUCAGUGACAGAUUCUCCUCCCUACCUGUCCCUUUUGGCUCUCUACAUCGCAUUGGGUGUGAUAGCUGGUGUGGUCCUGCUGUGCUGGUGCUGCUGGUCUCCAGGCUGGUUCCUCUGGAGGAUCAGCAUCUGCCGCUUCUUACCAUGCUGUAACUCAGCCUGUGCCUCCUGCCAGCUCUGUGCCCGUAGCUGUGCCCAGAACAAGGAGCACCGACCAGCUAAGGUCUCACCACAAGGACAGGUCCCAACCAACAGUGUUGCCUUGUCCACCCUCACCACAUCCACGGCUAACGCCACCACUCUCGCUGUGUAG